UUUCAAGUCUCCUAAUUCUUUUCUUUACGACGCAGCAAUGGCCGCCGAAUCUCUUCGCCGACGCUACGAGGCCGCAGGCCAGGGUCACCUCUUGCAGUUCUGGCCUCAGCUAUCAGACUCUGAACGCCAGCAGCUGCAAGCUCAGCUCGAGGCACUUGACAUCGAACGUGUCAACCGUGUUUACAAGAAGGCAAUUGGCGCAGAGAAGGAGCGUGCAGAACAGGCGGGUCAGGACGUCGUCGAGCCCUUGCCAGAGGACGCGGCGGGUUCCAUCAUUGGAGGCACCGAGGACGAGAAGAAGUGGAGGAGCAUCGGUCUCAAGGCCAUUUCCAGGGGCGAGCUCGGUGUUCUGCUCAUGGCUGGCGGUCAGGGAACGAGGCUCGGCAGCACGGCCCCCAAGGGUUGCUACGACAUCGGGCUGCCCUCGCACAAGUCGCUUUUCCAGUACCAGGCCGAGCGGAUCGCCCGCUUGCAGAAGAUCGCCGCCGAGGAGACCCAGUCAUCUAAACCUGCUGUCAUUCCCUGGUACGUCAUGACCAGCGGGCCGACCAGGAAGGAGACGGAACAGUUCUUCGAGAAACAUGCGUAUUUCGGGCUGGAUUCCAAGAACGUGGUCUUCUUCGAGCAGGGCACAUUGCCGUGCCUUACUAUGGAUGGUAAGGUCAUUCUAGAGACGCCCUCGAAGGUCGCUGUUGCGCCAGACGGCAACGGUGGUGUCUACGCCGCGCUGCGCCGUCCUCUGAACCCCUUCGACGACUCCCACACCGUCCUCGCCGAUCUCGCGAAGCGCAAUGUCCGCUACGUCCACGCGUACUGCGUCGACAACUGCCUUGUCAAGGUUGCCGACCCUGUCUUCCUGGGUCACUGCAUCGAGAAGCAGGUCGAUUGCGCCGCCAAGGUCGUCCCGAAGGCGUACCCCACCGAGUCUGUCGGCGUCGUCGCGCGCCGCGGCAACAAGUUCAGCGUCGUCGAGUACUCCGAGAUCUCGCAGGAGCAAGCCGAGCGGCGCGACCCCAAGACGGGCGAGCUCGCCUUCCGCGCCGGCAACAUCGUGAACCACCUCUACACGCUCGACUUCCUGGAGGAGGUCGAGACCUUCGAGGACGAGCUCGCGUUCCACAUCGCGCGCAAGAAGAUCCCGUACGUCGGCGAGGACGGCGCGACGAUCAAGCCCACGAAGCCGAACGGGAUGAAGCUCGAGAUGUUCGUCUUCGACGUCUUCCCCUUCACGAAGCGCUUCGCCGUGCUCGAGGUCGCGCGCAACGAGGAGUUCAGCCCGCUCAAGAACGCGCCCGGCACCGGCUCAGACGACCCCGGCACCAGCCGUCGCGACCUGCUCGCGCAGCACAGGCGCUUCCUCGAGGCCGCGGGCGCGAAGCUCGCGGACGGCGUCGAGAUCGAGGUCUCCCCGCGCGUCAGCUACGCGGGUGAGGGCCUCCAGUCGCUCAAGGGCAAGACGUUCACCCGCUCGGGCCUGGUCGAGUCCCUGGAGGAGUUUGAUGCCCUGCUUUAAUCAUCGAAAGAUAUACAUCUCGGACGCUCUACGCAUAUAAUCCCUCCCCGCAUCUCACACUAACGGAAUGGACUACACCCUAGAAUAGUAAUCUUGGACGAUUGGUUGACCGGUUUGUAAUCGCAUACAGGGACAUUCAGCUCCGCUUUGGAUGAACUCUCACGCUCGUGUUUACACUUCGUGACUCGUUCACAGCGAGCAGUGGGACGGUGUCGGCAGUUCGCAGCGGCAUAGCAUUGACAGAGCGAGGUACGAUAUCGA